GGUAAUCAGGUAUCUGUAUCUAAUAAUUGUUUGCACUAAAAUGCGACCCAUACCCCGAUAACCCGGAAGUACAUUUCACACAACAACGCAUCUACUUCAGGUUCAACAAAACUGCGCGCUAAAUUCGAGUGACGUUCAGUCGAUUCCGUACCAAAACUAAGGUAUGGAGGGCGACAGAAUGGAGGUAGGGGAUCUGAAGCAGAACCCCAACGACAUGAACAACAUCCAUGUGGAGGUUCACGUCAAAUCUACCAGCACUGCGAAGAGGUCUGACGUGAAGAUGCACGUCUUGACCCUGCUGAACCGUCAUCGCAUGGUGUUCGGGGCCUUCAGGUGGACAGAGUUUGACGAGGACUUCCUUAUCAAACACGUCCAAUCAGUGGCCAUAGUGGAUGCUGAGAGAAAACCCAUAGAUCUGAAGAGCUGCAGUCUGUCCAUCCACAUCUUCACCCUGAAUGAUGACGGGCCCAGCACUCUGAACCUGGAGGAGGAGGAGCUCUCUGCAGCCAAUCACUGGCUCUUACCAGCCGCUGAGUUCCAUGGCAUCUGGGAGAGUCUGGUGUAUGACAGCGGGGUCAAAACACAACUCUUGGAUUACGUCUCAACCACAAUUUACUUCUCGGACAAAAACGUGGACAGCAACCUGAUCUCAUGGAACCGAGUUGUCCUGCUUCAUGGACCCCCGGGCACAGGGAAGACGUCUUUGUGUAAAGCUCUGGCCCAGAAGCUGUCAAUCAGACUAUCGAACCGGUACUCUUAUGGGCAGUUUGUUGAGAUCAACAGCCACAGUUUGUUCUCCAAGUGGUUCUCUGAGAGUGGUAAACUGGUCACUAAGAUGUUCCAGAAGAUUCAACAGCUGAUAGAUGACAAGCAGGCUCUGGUGUUUGUUCUCAUUGAUGAGGUGGAGAGUCUGACGGCAGCGCGGAACGCCUCCCAGGCCGGAACGGAACCCUCAGACGCCAUCCGAGUGGUCAACUCUGUCCUCACACAGCUGGACCAGAUCAAGCGGCAUCCUAAUGUUGUGAUCCUGACCACCUCCAACGUGACAGAGAAGAUAGACCUGGCGUUUGUGGACAGAGCUGACAUCAAGCAGUACAUUGGCCCUCCGUCUGUAGAGGGCAUCUUCAACAUCUACCUGUCCUGCCUGGAGGAACUCAUGAAGUGCCAGAUCGUGUACCCCAGACAGCCACUGCUGACCAUGUUUGAGCUGGAGACCAUGGGCUUCAGGGAGAGCAAGGUGUCAGAGCUCAGCCUGGUUCUCAGGGACAUCGCCAUAAAGAGUAAAGGUUUUAGUGGCAGAGCGCUAAGGAAACUACCCUUUUUGGCCCAUGCUCUUUUUGUGAAGACCCCGACAGUGGCCCUGGAGAGGUUCCUGGAGGCCAUGGACCUAGCAGUGGACAAACAGAUAGAGGAGAGGGACAACCUGGUCAACUGUCUGUGAUCUACAGCGACACUGUCUCAAAUAGCACCCUAUACCCUUUAUAGUGUCUCUGUAGGUGUCUGGUCAAAAGUAGUGCGCUAAAUAUGGAAUAGGGUGCCAUUUGGGAUUAAUCCUGUGUCUCAGACAGUCUGAACCUGUUUACCCAACGGCUGAUGGAAACUGUCUCUUCUGGCAUUUCAUGUACAUUUUAUUUCCUGGUUAAACAAUAUACAUUUAUAAUCAUAUUUUUCUAACCACUCAAUGUUGACCAAACCAAUUUAGUUUUCUCACAGACAGUGUGUGUGAAAGUAAAGUCUUUUUACCACUAGAGUACUAUAUUAAAGAUGGCAGCCAGUCAUGUUCUGUGGAGACUUCCUGAAGUCUGUGUUGCUACUGCCUAGCGUCAUCAACAGUAGGUGCUUUCUCAGCACAUUUUAAAAAGCAACAGUAUUAAGCCUGAGAUGCAGUCCUCUCUUGAUACGUGUGACUAUACGGCUUUCAUUUCCUAACCCAAGACGGCGUGUCCCAAAUGGCACCCUAUGUUCCCUAUGCAUUGCACUACUUUGGACCGGGACCCAUAGGGCUAUGGUCAAGCGUGGUGCACUAUAUGAGGGCAUAGGGUGCGAUAUGGGAGAUAUGUUGUUUACAGCACUUGUAUUAAUUACUCUGCUUGUCUGAUGUUUUCUAUGUGAGCAGGCUGUUUCCUAUACGUGUCAAUAGGUGCUAUUAGAACCACAGUCUUUCUGCUAUUGUAAAUUAAUGCAAAUGCCCCAAAUAGGAGAGCUUCAAUGGAAAUGUACAAAUUCUGAUUUAAUUUCUAAUUCCGUGGAUGUUUUUCUGAUACUCAAGGAUGUUCCAUGUAUUCUAUGCUGCCAUCAUAUGGUCUUUUCAUUCAAACUCAGGAUACACAUGUUCAUAACUGACCUUGUUUAUUUAUAUAUAAAACAUUGGGUUAUUAAACUCUUUAAAACA